GUGGGUGUGUCCCCCUGCUGGAGGGAACAAACCCAGCUCUGUGUGUGUGUGGAUGUUGGUCCAUGCGUACCCGUUGUGUUGGGAGGAAGCAGAGGCAUGCAUGUGUGGAUUGUGUGUGCCGUGGGACUGGCAGGUGUGUGAUUGCAUUGGGGACAGCUGGCUGUGUGUGUGUGUGUGUGUGUUGGGGGGUAGGCAGGGGUGAAUUGAUCAGUUUUGGGAUAGGAGGUGCGUGUUGUGUGUUGGCAGGUGUGCGGUUGUACUGGGCACAGCCAAUUCUGGGUGUUGUGUGUGUGGGAGGGGGCACAGGAGGUGACAUGUAUGUGUGUCGUGCUGGAGGAGAUGUUGUGGUGUAGACCCAAGAGGCUGUGUGUUGGGAACACUUUAGAGUGUGUGUGUUGAACUGUAUGUUUGUGUGUUGAUCUGUGUGUGUUGGCAGAAGGAGGGGGGUGUCGUGCUGCAGUGGGUGUUGGUGUCCAGGGCCAGCAGGCUGUUUGUGUGUGUGUUGAUCUGUGUGUUGCAUGGCAGUGGGUGUUGUUGUGCAAGGCCAGUAGGUUGUGUGAGUGUGUGUUAAUCUCUGUGUUGUGUUGCAGGAGGGAUUGUGCAGAGCCAGUGGGCUGUGUAUGUCUGUGUGUUCAUCUGUAUUGUGUUGCAGGGAGUGUGGUUGUGCGGGGCCAGCAGGCUGUGUAUGUGUGUUGAUCUGUGUUGUGUUGCAGGGGGUGUCACUGUGCAGGGCCAGCGGGCUGUGUGUGUGUGUUGAUCUGUGUUGUGUUGCAGGGGGUGUCACUGUGCAGGGCCAGCGGGCUGUGUGUGUGUGUUGAUCUGUGUUGUGUUGCGGGGGGUGUGGUUGUGCAGGGCCAGCGGGCUCUUUGUGUGUGUGGAUCUGUGUUGUGUUGCGGGGCUGUCGUGUCCUGUGCCCAUCUGCACGUUGUGCGCCUGCCUCACGCCUGCCCGCCUGCGCAGGGUGUGAUUGGCCGGGGACGUCUCUUGGCGCGGGCGUGCGGCUGGGGGAGCGUGUGGCUCGGCGUGAGACGCCCCCCAACACACACACACACACACACACACACACACACACACACCGGCCCGACCCCGGAUCUCCCCGGCCGGCCUGCUCCCCCCUUCCCUCCUCGCACGGGUGGGAAGGUGACCCAUGCGCUGUGCCCCAGGUGUGAUCUCUGACACACACACCCCGUCCACACCCUGAACCGGCCCGCGUCCGCCAUGGAGCUGCAGAAGAUGGAGGAGCAGGAGGGGCUGGAGAUGUUAAACGGGUCUGUCCCAGAGUGUGACAAAGCCAGCGGCCUGGAAGAUGGGGACCCCGCAGCGGAGGUGACGGCGGCCGAGCAGGAGGGCUUCCUGCCCCACACCACCAGCAAGAAGCUGAGCCAGUUCACCGACUUCGAGGGGAAGACGUCGUUUGGGAUGUCGGUCUUUAACCUCAGCAACGCCAUCAUGGGCAGCGGCAUCCUGGGCCUCGCCUACGCCAUGAGCAACACGGGCAUUGCGCUCUUCAUCGUGCUACUGAUCUGCAUCGCCAUGCUCUCCGCUUACUCCAUCCACCUGCUGCUGAAAUGUGCCGGCGUCGUAGGGAUCCGCGCCUACGAACAGCUGGGUUACCGAGCAUUCGGCCCGGGCGGCAAGGUGGUGGCAGCGGUGGUCAUCUGUGUGCACAACACGGGAGCCAUGUCCAGUUACCUGUACAUUGUGAAAUAUGAGUUGCCUCUAGUGAUACAGACGUUCCUGGGCCUGACGGAGAACACCGGGAGCUGGUACAUGAACGGCAACGUGCUAAUUGUCAUCGUCAGUGUCUGCGUCAUCCUUCCCCUGGCGCUCAUGAAACAUCUCGGCUAUCUGGGGUACACCAGCGGGCUCUCGCUGACCUGCAUGGUCUUCUUCCUCAUCUCGGUGAUCUACAAGAAGUUCCAGAUCUCCUGCCCGCUGAACGGGACCGAGCCCGUGACCCCCCUCGUCUACUACAACGGGCACAACGCCAGCACCAGCGCCGCCAGCACCACUGGGGACGAGUGCACGCCCCAGACCUUCACCGUCAACUCCCAGACCGCAUACACCAUCCCCAUCUUGGCUUUCGCAUUCGUCUGUCACCCGGAGGUGCUGCCCAUCUACACAGAGCUGCGCAGAGCCUCGAGGCGGCGCAUGCAGAGCGUGGCGAACGUCUCCAUCCUGGCCAUGUUCAUCAUGUACCUGCUGACGGCCAUCUUCGGCUACCUCACCUUCUACGGGAACGUCGAACCAGAAAUGCUGCACACGUACAGCGAGGUGGAUCCCCUGGACCGGCUCAUCCUCUGCGUCCGCCUGGCCGUGUUGAUGGCCGUCACACUGACAGUGCCCGUGGUGCUCUUCCCGAUCCGCAGAGCCAUCCAGCAGCUACUCUUCCACGGGAAGGAUUUCAGCUGGGUUCGGCAUGUGAGCAUCGCUAUCUGCCUUCUGUUCUUGGUCAAUCUCCUGGUCAUCUUUGUCCCUAACAUCCGGGAUAUCUUUGGAGUCAUUGGCGCCACCUCCGCACCCAGUCUCAUUUUUAUCCUCCCCAGCAUCUUCUACCUCCGCAUCGUUCCCAAUGAAAAAGAACCGCUGAGAUCCAGGCCAAAAAUCCAGGCUGCUUGUUUCGCUGCCCUCGGCUUCAUUUUCAUGGUGAUGAGUCUCAGCUUCAUCGUGGCUGACUGGGUGACGACUGGACGGAGCAGCAGCGGGGGGCACUGACCCGCCCCCCCGCCGACCCCCGGCACAGACACAUGGACCCCACUGGGCCGGCUCGGGGGGCCCAGCCGUCGCUGGGGCAAGGGCACCGCCACCUCCCAUUGGCCCUUGCUCCGCUGCAGCCAUGGCAACGCUGAGACCAACGCUAGGGCCGCCCAUUGCCGACUGUUACCAUGGCAACGCUACAGACCCUGGCAGCGACUGGUGUCCAUGGGAACGGUGCCAAGGCCCUUCCAUCGACUGUUACUGUGGCAAUGCUACAGCGACUGGUUUCCAUGGAAAUGGUGCGAAGGCCCUUCUAUGGGCCACCUGUUACCACGGCAAUGCUACAGCUCCUGGCAGCGACUGGUGUCCAUGGGAACGGUGCCAAGGUCCUUCCAUCGGUUGACUGUUACCGUGGCAACGCUACAGCUCCUGGCAGUGACUGGUUUCCAUGGGAAUGGCGCUAAGGCCCUCCUAUGUGUGCCCUGUAGUCAUGGCAGCCUCCCAUUUCCAUGGGACAAAGGUCCUGAUUGGCCCAUCGGUGCCAUGGCAACGGCAGGUUCCCCACGACUACUGAGUCGCCUGACUACAGUGCAACUGGGUUCUCCUUAGCUCCCUGUCGCCGUGGCAACAUGGCAGGUCCCCAGGGGAACAACACCAGGCCUUUGUUGCUGUGACAACGCUUGGGCCACUGCUGGAGUGGGUGGGUGGGGGGUCCCAUAGCAACAGUUCCCUCCAGACAAUGCCUCCCACCUCUUUGGUUCCCAUGGAGACAGGAACACCCCCUCUCCCCCGCUUGUACUCAUUCCCUGGCAUCAGUCGAAGAGGGACUGUGAAUCUGACUGUGCCAGGGCGGGGGCCAGGUGGAUCCAUGGCACUCUUAUUUAUUGCUCUUAUUUAAUUCGGAGCCGGCAGCCAGACCAAAGAGCGAUGCCGGGCUCACUGCUGGGGCCAGGAUCGUGACACCCCCCCAGGACUCCUGGGUCCCAUCCCCAGCGACGGGGCCAUGGGCUGUCCACUUUUUUGUGCCUCAGUUUCCCCACUGGGAGAUAGGGGCGUGUUCCCAUCCUGCUGAGGAUUAACCCUCGAGUGUCUGAAUUCUCUGGGACCGGAGGAGACGCUGUUACUGUUACAGUAAUGGGGGAGGCAGGGGGUGAGCGUCCCAUGGAGCCUUAGGACACCUGGGUUCUACCCGGGACGCCUGGCUUCCUGAGCGGGGCUGGGGGCGGGAGGGGAAGCCGUGCGCCUACAGGCCUGUUUGCCGCCUGGGACAGGCCCCAACCACGGUGCAGAAUUCGCCCCAAGUCAGCACCCUCCCCCCACCACACGGGGGUGCCGCUGGUCGAGCCAGUUGAAUGCCCCCCUUUCAUCUGGGUGUCGGGGCGGGCGUUUAUCGAACCCUGGGUCUCGGUUCUCUUUUCAAACUACCUCACCACCCAGAGACAGCCGAGGGUCACUAAUGCUGCUCGCCCCAGCCCCUUCAGAGAGCAAGAGGUUAAGGACAGGGCUGUCGGGGGGGGGGGGCACCUCCCUGAGCGCGGAGUGGGAGACAAUCCAGGUUAGGUGCCCCCUCGGAGCCGGAGAACGCUCUGUCCGCCCUGUCGAGAAAUCCUGGAGCCUCUGCUUCCUCCUCCAGAAACGUCUAGAUCUCGUCCCAAUGGCUCUUUCUCCCCUCCAGAAAAAUCCUCGUGCCUAUGUUUUUUCAUCCAGAAACGAAUAGUUCCCACUCCGGCACCUCCUCUAGAAAAAUCCCGACACCUCUGCUUCUGCCUCCAGCUAUCUCUAGAUCUCACCCCGGUGGUGCCUCUCUCUCCUCUAGAAAAAUCCCAGCGCCACCACUUCCUCCUCCAGAGAUCUCUAGAUCUUGCCCCGACGCCACCAUCUCCCUUCUAGAAGGAUCCUUAUGCCUACAUUUUUUCCUCCAGAAACCUCUACAUCCCACCCUGAUGGCUCCAUUUCCCUAUCUAUCUCAUAGAGCUGGAAGGGACCUUGAAAGGUCAUCAAGUCCAGUCCUCUGCCUUCACAGCAGGACCAAGUACCGUCCCUGACAGAUUUUGCCCCAGAUCCCUAAAUGGCCCCCUCAAGGAUUGAACUCACAACCCUGGGUUUAGCAGGCCAAUGCUCAAACCACUGAACUAUCCCCCCCAGAAAAGUCCCAACACCCCCAGCCACAUCUGCACAGCUCCCCCACCACUGUGGCCUUAGCACUCAAUGCCUCUUCAGCCAGUGCCUUAAACUCCCACUCCCCCCCAGUGCAGCCCCCUGGCUUCACAGUAGCCAUCUCCUGCCCCCCAAAUUCAACCGCAACCCUGGUGAGUCUGCCCCCGCCCUGACACAGCAGUUAUAUUGGCAGAAAGGGGCCCUACAGAGACUCAGGACUCCUGGGUUCUCUCCCCGGCUCUGGGAGGGGAGUGGGGCCUAGUGGUUAGAGCUGGGAGCCAGGACUCCUGGGUUCUCUCCCUGGCUCUGGGAGGGGAGUGGGGCCCAGUGGUUAGAGCUGGGAGCCAGGACUCCUGGGUUCUACCACCAGUGCUCCCAUCUUCGCCCUCUCCAGAAACUGGUUUCUCCCUUUCUACUGGCGUAAUUUGGGUUUUCAUUUUGGAAGGAAGCAUUUGAGAAACAAACAUUUUCAGGCUUCCCUCCACCCCCUGCCCAAAAUACGAAACCCUCAAAUGGGAAAUUCUCGCUGUUUCAAACAAAAAUCUGCUCCCCCCCGCCCCAUGUUCUGAUUUUUUCGGAAAAGUGUGUGUGGGGAGGCCCCCAAAAUGACUUUUGUUUUGCCAGUGGGGGAAAUUGGCUGCCAUGAUAAACAAAUCAAGGCUCGGUCCAACUAAAGCUACCGCGCCGCAACAGAUCUGUCAGAAUCCUCUGGUUCCGGGUCUGGCCCGGAGCCGAAGAAAACAAUGACGUUUUGCGAGCCACCCGGGGGAACACCCCCCUUCCCAAAAUUGGGCGAUCACGCAACCGACUCAGAGCGACUGAUCUCUUUUCUUGGGCCGACAGCUGGGGAAAGAGACACGUUUCCGAACUUGUGCAGAGCUCAUGUUCUUCCCCUGGCAGUCGGGCUGGGAAAAGAGACGUGUCCUGUCCAGCCAACGCUGCCAACCCCCUCUUGUGUCCCCCCCCAAAUGUCCUUUCCCGGAAGGAGAAACAAGAAAAAGACCAUUUUGGAAAGCGGGAUUUUUGCCUUCAUGGGAGGAUCUCAAAACUCAGCUUUCCCCCUUACUAACUCUCAGGACGUUUGCCAAACCGUCUCGUUUCCUUUUCAGGGCCUGGCGUUGCCUGGGGCUCGGGGACGCUGGUAGAAGGGGCCCGGGUUCAGAUUCUGGGGUGGGUGGGUUCUAGGCCUGGUUAAUUCAGGGCUGGCCUGGAUGGAAUAAUCGCACCGGGGACAGCUCCCCGAACUGAAAACCCUUGUCCCGCCAGCCCCUAAAGUCCGCGUCUUGGUCCAUUGAUCCUGCCUGGAUUCACGUGACUCCAGAUGCAUGAGGCUUUACCGGGGGGGGGGGAGCGGGGAUAAAAGGGCCCCUCAAAGUACUAUUUUGGUCAGCACGUCGUCCCCAAUGCUACGGACAAAGCCAAAAGACCCCCCCCCCCAUUUCAGCAGGGGUUCCCCCCCAUGACUGGGGGGGGCAAUGCUGUGGGGAGGGGCAGCGCAAGGUGAAAGAGAUGCAUGGAGCCGGUGGCUUUUGUACGGUCGCUCUGGGUUUCAAUAAAUAACAACCGGACUUUU